AUGUCCGCCACCGCGUCCCGCACGCCCGCGCAGGCGAAGGAGCGCGCGGAGAUGAAGCGCAAGCUGAACGAGGUGGGUGCGCGGCACCCGAUCGUGGUGGUGGGGCGGUCGUACUGCCGCGAUACCCGGCGAAUGCGGGCGCUGAUGGAAGGGCUUGUGAGUGACUCGGGCGGGACUAUUUGGCCGGUGAACGUUGACGGCAACGAGGAAGGGCCAGGCAUCGAGAAUGCCGCGGAGGUCGUCUACGGCACCACCGCCAUGCCGCAGGUGUUCAUAGGCGGGCGGUACGUGGGGGGCAAGGAGCAGGUGAUGGACCUGCAUGAGCGCGGCAAGCUCAAGCCCAUGGUGGACUGCGCUCUCAGCCCAGGCAGGGAGCUGUGA